AUGGACGUCGCCCAAGCAGUCUCGGGGUACAUCAAUAAGGUGGUCGCGACGAGCGAUACGUCGUCCGCCAAGAUGAAAAUCCUCUUACUCGAUAGAGAAACUGUAUCUAUUGUAUCGACUGCGGUCACACAGUCAGCUCUCCUCAACCACGAGGUUUAUCUUAUCGACCGCCUAGACAAUGCAUCUCGUGAGAAGAUGCGACACUUGCGAUGUCUAUCAUUCGUUCGCCCAUCGCCUGAAUCAAUCCAGCUACUCAUAGACGAGUUAAGAGACCCCAAGUAUGGCGAGUACCAUUUGUACUUUACAAAUGUAGUUAAGAAGUCGUCUUUGGAACGGUUGGCCGAAGCAGACGAUCAUGAGGUAGUCAAACUGGUGCAGGAGCAUUUUGCCGACUAUACAGUCAUCAACCCGGAUCUUUUCUCGUUCGGCUUCACCCUUCCACAACAGCGCAUAUGGGCUGGAAGUCCAGAUACAUGGAACCCAGACUCGCUGCAACGGUGUUCUGAAGGGCUUGUCGCGGUGUUGCUCUCGCUAAAGAAGAAGCCCUUGAUCAGGUACCAGAAGACAAGUCCGCUAGCAAAGAAACUCGCAACAGAGGUUCGAUAUCUUAUGACACAAGAAGAUUCACUAUUCGACUUUCGAAAGGUGGAUACAUCUCCCAUUUUGCUCGUGCUGGACCGUCGCGAAGAUCCUGUGACACCGCUACUCACGCAGUGGACCUACCAGGCCAUGGUUCACCACCUCUUGGGCAUUCAAAACGGUCGUGUCGAUCUCAGCGAUGUCCCUGACAUCAGCCCAGAGCAGAAGGAAAUUGUUCUAUCACAGGAUCAGGACCCCUUCUUCAAGAAGAAUAUGUUCCUGAAUUUUGGUGAUCUUGGAGGUAACAUUAAGGAAUACGUUGGACAGUUCCAGUCGAAAACAAAGAACAACGAAAAUAUCGAGUCAAUAUCCGACAUGAAGCGGUUUAUAGAGGAGUACCCAGAAUUCCGGAAACUCUCUGGCAAUGUCAGCAAGCAUGUUACUCUGGUUUCAGAGCUCAGCAGACGUGUGGCGGCUGAUAACCUACUUGAAGUCAGUGAGCUAGAACAAAGCUUGGCUUGCAACGAAAACCACGGAACCGAUGUCAAGAAUAUUCAGCGACUCAUCCAGUCACCAAACGUUACGUCAGAGAGCAAAGUAGGACUUGUCGCUUUGUACGCUCUCCGGUAUCACAAGCACCCGUCCAACGCCUUGGCUAUGCUUACAGAUCUUCUCGUCGCUGCUGGCAACGUGUCGCCACGGGACGCAGAUAUGAUCGGUAAGGUGACGGCGUACCACACCUCUCUCCAAGCGUCACAGUCUCAAGGUGGAAUCUCAGAGAUCUUUGAAUCGGCGGGUAUUUUCUCAGCUACUUCAAACCGCUUCAAAGGGCUCAAGGGCGUGGAAAACGUUUACACACAGCACAGCCCUCUUCUUGAAACUACACUGCAGAACUUGAUUAAGGGUCGACUCAGGGAUCAACAAUAUCCUUUCGUUGAGGGCGGCGGCGCUACCAAGGAUAAGCCACAAGACAUCAUCGUAUUCAUCGCUGGCGGUGCAACUUAUGAGGAGGCCAAGAUGAUUGCAGAACUGAACGCAUCAAGCCCAGGCGUACGGGUUGUUCUAGGCGGUACCACAAUUCACAACUCGGCGACAUUCCUAGAAGAGGUGAAUGAUGCUGUCAGCUCAUGGCCUGAGAGCCGCGGUAGAAGGUAA